AUGUCCAGAUCAACAUUACAUUGUUCGUGUAACAGCAAUGGUCCAUACGAUAGUGAAAUGUACGAAAUAAUACCAAGUACAAGUAAUGAAGGCAAUCCUCCUGGACUUCAACAAUGUGAAUUGAAUAUGUCGAACAAUAUUCCUAUCAUUGAAUCAAAUCGAAGACAUUUGUUCUCACAUCCAGCUUUUCCGAGAACGGCACCUCGCAAAUCUAUAUCAAUUCAUCAGCAAUUCUCUCAACUGAAAAAUAAAAUUAGCAAUAAAAUUAAAAAUAACGGUGAAAAUGAACAGGACAAAAAUAGAGGAUAUUUAAUGGUUGAAAAAUCUGAAACAGGAUUGAUUGUACUACCCAAUGAUAGUAUUGAUCAAGAAUUAACACAAUAUGCCCAGUCAUGUGUUCACAUGGAUGAACUUUCUUUUGAUCCUAGCCAAAUUCAAUGUUCAUCAAACCUCUUAUCUACGCCCAAUUUUCUAACAACACAACAACAGUUCUUUGGCAUAUGUACAGCGUCUGCUAAUGAUUAUUUCAAUGAUAUAUUAACACAACCGAAUACUGAAUGCUGUAUAUUGACAGAUGAUCUUUUAAAUAUUCAUGAUACACGAAUAUCGGAAACAAUAUUAUCGCAAUCAUUCCAGUCAACAAAUGAUUCAAAUGAUGCAUAUGCUGGAGUCGAUCGAUCAACACUUUCUAAUGAAGAAUAUAUUCGAGCACAAGAAUCAGACUUGAGACGUCUUACAAUGUUGGAUUUAGAAUUAUCGAAGAAACUUGAUUCCCUUAAUGAUGAAUCAGAAUCGGAAGCAGCAUUAUUAGAUCGUUUGUUUGAUGAAGGGUUAAAAAAGAAUUUAGAUCUUCAAAGAGAAUUGAAAAAAUUGCAAGAAAUAUACGAACUCAUGUUUUCUCCGUGGACAUGUAAAUUUUGUACAUUGAUAAAUGAACCAUAUAUUCACACUCGGAAUUAUAUAUGUGUUUCAUGUGAUAGUCCGAGUCCAUUACGACAAGCUAUGCUGACCGAAUCUUUAUGA